AUGAUACUGCGGGCCGGCUUGGUCGGCCGAUCAUGUCUGGCUCGCGCCUGUCAACGUCGGUCCCAGAUACCCCUUAUACACCCCUUGCUGCCGCCACCACCAAUAUCCCAGACAUCGAGAGUGCAGAGGUCAGAGCAACUGCUGGCCCAGCUCGCCCGAGAUGCGCCCUUCACCACUACCACCAGAUUGUCCUUCCAGAGCGACGACUCAGAUAUCAUUCCGCCAUGGGAGAAGUCUUUGGGAAAGGUCGACAGUCAUAUGAGCCCCGAUGACGUGGAGGAAACAGCCAAGGCGAAUACAGAUCCUGCGAACAAUGUCAGCGAGGCCUCGCCAGAAACAACACCAGUUCCCUCUUCACUGGGGCCGGAGGAAAUAGAAAGGAACUAUGCGAGUACAGCUGAGCCUGGGGUGGCUAGCCACACGUUCAAUGCUGCGGAUCGGGACAAUCAAGUACCCCAACUUGAACCCUACCGUUUCGCCGAGAGAGGAGGAAAGCUCGCUUGGGGUCCAGGUCACAGGGGCAACUGGUUGGACUCAUGGGAGGCCAGGUUCCGGCCGCUGUACAGAGCCCUGAAGUCAGGGCGCGCCUAUUCACGCAUGUUGGCUGAUGUGGAGGAUUUCCCUGACUGGGGAAAAACAGAGAUGCUUUUCGAGGCAGCCGAAAUCGAGCAGGGGGAGUUUAAGGAGCGCCACUGCGGAUUUGGCAACGUAGAUGAGUACAUGGCGAAAUGGAUGGACUCGAUGCUCUACCUGCUCCGCUACGACCCAGAGCUGGCUCCCAAAUUUCUCCGGGCGACUUUUGAGGGGUUUCUGACGCCGAGGUGGGCGGUGAAUGAUACGGCUGAGUUCCUUGCCAAAUGGUGCUCGUUGUCUCGCUCAAGCAAAAAGACUACGCAUGAGCUCGCCGAAACGAUCCGUCAUAUUCUGCAGACUCGCACUCUAUACAUGCUCGAGUUCACCCAACAAACGCUGUUUCUUAUGACAAGAGAUAUGGAGGCCGAAGCUCUGUGGAAUCUAUAUCGGGACCUGCUGCAGUACGCUCACCCGCUUCACCCCUACACUUGGUACAAUAUAGCCCGUCGUCUUUCUCGGGAUCCGAGGUACAAGUCCAGGGCGUUGGAUCUGCUGGAGGAAGCCAUUACCAGCGGCGAGCUCCACAGCGACGCGCCCCUGACCAUGAUGCUCAGCACAUGCAUCCUGGACUUUCAAGGUGUGGAAGACGGCCAUUUAGAGCAGUUGGGGCGGCUGCGCCGGGAACUGACCACACGGUUGCUCAACCUGAUCACGCCUAACAAGUAUACAUACAGUGUCAUGGUCCGAGGCAUGCGAGCCACCGGUGACUACCAGGGAGCGUGGACGAUCUACCAGAUCAUGAUUGAUCAGGGCAUUGAGCCUGAGCAGUUCAUCUUCUCCAACCUGCUAAACGUGGCAAAGCGCACCAACACCAUCGAGCCUGUGCUCCAGACCCUGGAAGAGCUUGUUCCCGAGGCGCUGAAGAGCAGGCACAUCUGGAACGACAUCAUCGACUCUGUCUUGGUAAUAUCUCGGCAGCACGACCUCCAGCUGAAGGAGGAAGGCCAACGGAAUGCGCAUGCUGCGUUGACGUUCCGGGCCCUGCUGCUGGUCUAUGCAAGGUUCUACCGGUACAAGGAACUCCAGUCUCUUAUCCCUGUCAGGCUGGGGCCGCCGUAUGAGACAAAAGAGCAGGUUUUUGCAACUGCGACCUCGGAUAUGGAUGUUAUCUUUUUGCGAAAGAUUGAUCUCAUCCUCGAGCGCCUUCCUGAGCGGGUUGAGAAACCGGCGGUUCCGGGGUCGGAUGUCAUUAGCAUUAUGCUCAGGGGGUACACACGAGCGGUUUGGAAGGCGGGAGAGGUUAUCAGCUUUUACAAGCGGCUCAGGGCGAAGCUUAUGCAGGGACAAUACACCGUGUGUCAGAUCUGUCGGGAGCAGGACAGCAGAGUGCAUGAUGCUAUUUUGGGCUCGUUGCUCAAGAUUCCAAAGUGGAACAAUGUCGCGUGGGCUCCUGCGGAGAACUCCAAGAGAGCGGUGGAGAGCCGUGAUGCGUUGCAGGCGGGUUUUGGUAUUUUGGAGGAUAUGAUUGAGGGUGCCAUGUGUGCGGAGAGGGUGUUGAAGGAGGAAGAGGAGGAAGAGCUGUUGGCGAAGAGGAUGGCGGAUGAUGACUCGCCUGCUGAUGAGGAGGCGGUGCGGACUAUCGAGAGUGUCCUGCCAAGUCAGGAGGAUGCUGUCUUGUCGGAACAAGAGCCUUUGCUGACCGAGGGGGACGAUGGUCUACCAACUGAAGAUUCAGCAGCUCAAGAUAUAAUGACCGAAGAACAUAUUUUAGUCGAAGAAUAUCCACCACCAGAAGAAGAGCACCGGCCAGCUGAAGAAGAUUACUUACCGCCCUCAGAAGAAAACCUGCCAACGAAAGAUUACCUUUCGCCCUCAGAAGAAAACCUGCCAACGAAAGAAAACCUGUCGACGGAAGAAAACCUGCCAGCCCAAGAUGGCUUGCCUGUCAAAGAUGACCUACCUGUCAAAGAGCAGUACUUACCUGCCGAGGAAGAGCUACAGCCAACUGAGGACGAAGCCCAAGAAGAACCGCUUCUCACCACCGGCCAGCCUCAAGAACCCACCGAACCACUACCCUUAUCCGAACCCUCGAAACCAUCACCCCCAAAACAACUCCGACAAUCAGCCCCCUCACGCCAGCAACUCCUCCCUCUCCUCGACCCAGACCUCGUCACCCCCCUCCACCCGGCCCCCCGCCCAGGCGCAGGCUGGCCCUCUUUCAAAGCCCAGCAGGCCCAAUGGGCGGCCUUCCACAAAGACGAAACGUACCUCUACUCCAUGUCGCCCGCCCCAACAAUCUAUACCUUUAAUAUUCUCUUGUCGGGCGUCAUCCGCGCCUCCCGCUCCAUCACCAACGUCAAAGACUGCAUCAAGCAGGCAGAAGACUGGAUAAAGUACCUUGCCGCUCACAACCUCCAGCCCAAUUAUCACACCUGGGCUAUUUUGGUCAGGAACUGGUCUCGGCAGCAGCGGCCCGGGGCGGUGGCGUGGGCGAUGAAGAAGAUGGAGGAGGCGGGGUUUAGGGCUAAUAACAAGAUGAUGGAGGAGUUGCAGUUGUUGAGGGAUAAGGAGAGGGCGUGGAGGGAGCUGGAGAGGUUGAUGGAGGAGGAUCUGGGGAGGGAGAAGGAGGGGGGAGGGGAAGGGUGGGAAAGGGAGGAGGGGUGGGAGAGGUUGGGGAGGAUUGUGAAGGAGCAGGAGGAGAGGAGGAGGAAGUUGGAAUUUGAGUUGGUGGUGGAGGAUGAGAUGUAUGGGAAUGAGGUUUAUCGUGACGGGAAGGGGGGGGAGAAGGAGGAGAGUGAUUGGGAUAUGUUUGUGAAGAGAGUGGAGGAGGAUAGGAAAGGGGAGGAGAGGGAGAAGAGGGAGGGUGGGGGGGGGAAGGCGACGUUUUAA